UCAGAAGAACCUGUUUGGACUGGUGAGGAACAGAUAUCUACCCAACAACAAGACUAUGGGGCUGGUGAGUGUGAGGGAUUGAAACAAGGGAAGACUUCUCUCCUACAUCUUUGAGAUGCAGUCAGAAGAAGAGAGACAAAUUUCCAUUCAUUGUAGGACACAGCUCACUUGGAUCCUAGACUUUUUAUUUCAGCAAGAAUAUUAAGGUGAAUGUGGAGUUUCUAGUGAGGGGCUUAUGGAUGGACUUUAGGAAAAUGUGAAGUGCUUUUAAAAUACAUGUAGCAUUAUCUGGUCAUGUUGCUUUAUUUCCACAAAGGACUCAUGGCUUUGGGGAGAAUUCGACAAAAAUGCUACAAUUAAAUUGCAAAACCAAAGAAGAAAAGUUUUCUAACAAAACCAUGUCUCUUUUAUAUUUAUGAAAUAUAAAAUGAAAUUCAAACUUAUAGCAAAAUGUUUUGCAAACAAAACAAGUAUCAGUCUAACUAGGGAAAAUUAGUAUCCAUGUGGAUAUAUUGGUCAUCUUUGCUUUGUAACCAUUGAAACAUUUUGUAUUUACAUAUGACAGUCAUGAAUGAUGCUGUAAAUGUGUUUUUAAUGCACAUUUAUUGCUGGUCAGGAAUACUGUGAUUGAAGCUGCCAUGGAACAUUUGCCUGCAGAGGGAAGACAAGACUAUCACCACAGUGAAGAAACUGUGCUUUGACUUGUAUAGUGUGCACACUAUGUGGCCCAAUAUCAGUGCUGCCCCGUUUUUGCUGACAGGCUUCCCAGGACUGGAAGCAGUUCAUUCCUGGAUCUCCAUUCCCUUCUUUGCCAUCUAUAUCUCUGUCCUUCUGGGCAAUGGCACACUCCUCUACCUCAUCAAGGAUGAUCACAACCUCCAUGAACCCAUGUACUAUUUCCUUGCUAUGCUGGCAGGCACAGACCUCACAGUUACACUGACUACAAUGCCUACUGUAAUGGCAGUCUUAUGGGUGAAUCACAGAGAAAUAAGACACGGGGCCUGCUUCUUACAGGCCUACAUCAUUCACUCCCUUUCCAUUGUGGAGUCAGGGGUCUUGCUUGCCAUGUCUUAUGAUCGUUUUGUUGCCAUCUGCACACCUCUGCAUUACAACUCUAUCCUUACCAAUUCCAGGGUUAUAAAGAUAGGACUUGGGGUAGUACUGAGGGGCUUUUUAUCUCUUGUGCCCCCAAUCCUGCCUCUCUUUUGGUUUCCAUACUGCCGUUCCCAUGUUCUUUCUCAUGCCUUCUGCCUCCACCAAGAUGUCAUGAAACUUGCAUGUGCUGACAUCACCUUUAACCGUGUGUACCCAGUUGUUUUGGUUGCCUUGACUUUCUUUCUUGACGUACUGAUCAUUGUCUUUUCAUAUGUCCUCAUUCUGAAGACAGUUAUGGGCAUCGCCUCUGGAGAGGAGAGAGCAAAGGCUCUCAACACCUGUGUUUCUCAUAUUAGUUGUGUCCUGGUCUUUUACAUCACUGUGAUUGGUCUGACCUUCAUCCAUCGGUUUGGAAAGCAUGCCCCACAUGUGGUGCAUAUAACCAUGAGUUAUGUCUACUUUCUUUUUCCUCCAUUUAUGAAUCCCAUCAUUUACAGCAUCAAGACCAAGCAGAUUCAGAGGAGCAUCCUCCGUCUACUGUCUGUAUAA